AGUGGACAUUGCCCUGGGCUGUUCCUACGUGGUGGAAGACGGAAGAGGCUUUCUGCCCGCUUUCCGAGACUGGUCCUCCCAGCGUCCUGCCACCCUUGUGCUGAGGGGUGUCAGCGUCAGAGACGAUGGGAACCUGAAUGACGGAACUGAGUACAAAAUCCCACAGGAAAAUCCUGGCUCCUCUUCUCCCAUUGUCUUUGAAGCCUCAGCCCAGUUGGUAUCCAUCCCACAGGCAGAAUCCCUGCUGCACGCAGACUGUGAAGGAGAGGAGGUGAACUGUGAGAUCUCUCCGUACAGCUCCCAGUGGGCUGGUGAGGAGCCAUGCCAUAUCUCCUGGUUCAUGGCCAACCUGCAGCUCUCUGGAGGGAUCAGCAUCGCCCUGGUGCUCAGAGGACCCCAGUGCGGCAGCCAGGAGGAGGAGAAGGAGCAUCACACAAUGCUGCACCCAAAGCUGAGGAUUCCUAUGAGCAAGGAGGGGACGUUGCUGACCACAGUUGAAUUUCAAUCGUCAUCACGCAGGACUUCCCUGAGCACACGUGUUGGCGGCUCAGUCACCCUCGACUGCCACUUUGCCUUGGCUCCCAGCUCCUCGCUGUUCUCCCUGGAGUGGAGGAGGCAGUACCGAGGCAGCAGCCAUAGCCUUUUUCGGUACCAGGUGGGGAGCACAGGCCCGGCAGUGCAGCCAAAAGUCCAUGUGGAUGUGGCAGAGCUGCUGGGCAGUGGAGAUGCAUCACUUACCCUGCAAGGAGUGAGCGUGGGAGAAGAAGGGACAUACAUCUGUUUGGUGUCCACCUUGUUGCACCAGGCCCAGCACAUCAUCCAGUUACAUGUGACUGAGCCUCCAAGAGUUCAGAUAAUUCCAGCAGCAGUGUCAUUUGAGAGAGACAUGAUGACUACUCUGACCUGCAACAUUGCCGGCUAUUACCCCCUGGACAUCUCAGUGAGCUGGACACAGAAAACUCCUGAAGAUGACACAGAAAUCCCUCUCUCAAACACACAUUUCUCCAGCCACCGGCAAAACGGAGAUGGCACCUACAGUGUCACCUCCUACGUCAGCAUCAGCUCAGCCACAGCGCAGGCACCAGCCACCUACAGUUGCCAUGUUUCACACGUGGCCCUGGCAGAGCCCAUCUCUGUGACUGCCCAUCUUAAGGCACCAGAGCAAGUGGGAUCUGAAGGACUGGUGGGGAGUUUCAUCGCGACUGUCACUUUCAUCAUUGUCCUCUUCAUUGUGCUCCAGAGAAGAGCAGCUAAACCAAAGUCUGAGCAACUUCUAAGGGCUUCAGAAUAG